AUGUCAGGCAGAAAAAGUAGAUUAUGCAGCCCUCGCAGCUUAGAAGAAAAUGACCAUUCUGUUUUUGUACAAUCCUUUGUGUUUCGAAUAGUGGACUUUAUAUUUCUGACAUAUAACCAUCGACCCCAACUGGUCAGCAGCGAUGUGCGUCGCGGAUUCCUUGUGCUCUUGGGCGUGGCCGCCGCCCUGGCCGGUCCCAUCAGCCGCCAGGUGGGCGUGUCGGAUAAGGUCAGAAUUGUCUCCAGGAACGAAAGCUCUGAUGCAGUUGAGGCAAAUGAAGCUGUGACUCAAGUUUCUCAGGCUCAAGAACAAGUUGAAGUUGAGGCUAGUGAAGCUGGAAUCCAAGCAUCCCAAGAUCAAGAGCACGUUGGUGUUCAGGCCAAUGAAGCUGUCACUGAAGCAUCUCAGGCUCAAGAACUGGCUGAAGUUGAAGCCAAUGAAGCUGUCACUGAAGCAUCUCAGGCUCAAGAACAGGCUGAAGUUGAAGCCAAUGAAGCUGUAACUGAAGCAUCUCUGGCUCAAGAACAGGCUGAAGUUGAAGCCAAUGAAGCCAUAACUGAAGCAUCUCAGGCUCAAGAACAGGCUGAAGUUGAAGCCAUAACUGAAGCAUCUCAGGCUCAAGAACAGGCUGAAGUUGAAGCCAAUGAAGCCAUAACUGAAGCAUCUCAGGCUCAAGAACAGGCUGAAGUUGAAGCCAAUGAAGCCAUAACUGAAGCAUCUCAGGCUCAAGAACAGGCUGAAGUUGAAGCCAAUGAAGCCAUUACUGAAGCAUCUCAGGCUCAAGAACAGGCUGAAGUUGAAGCCAACGAAGCUGUUACUGAAGCAUCUCAAGCUCAAGAACAGACUGAAGUUGAAGCCAACGAAGCUGUUACUGAAGCAUCUCAGGCUCAAGAACAGGCUGAAGUUGAAGCCAACGAAGCUGUUACUGAAGCAUCUCAGGCUCAAGAACAGGCUGAAGUUGAAGCCAAUGAAGCUGUUACUGAAGCAUCUCAGGCUGAAGUUGAAGCCAAUGAAGCUAUAACUGAAGCAUCUCAGGCUCAACAGGCUGAAGUUGAAGCCAAUGAAGCUGUCACUGAAGCAUCUCUGGCUCAAGAACAGGCUGAAGUUGAAGCCAAUGAAGCUGUCACUGAAGCAUCCCAGGCUCAAGAACAGGCUGAAGUUGAAGCCAAUGAAGCCAUAACUGAAGCAUCUCAGGCUCAAGAACAGGCUGAAGUUGAAGCCAAUGAAGCCAUAACUGAAGCAUCUCAGGCUCAAGAACAGGCUGAAGUUGAAGCCAAUGAAGCUGUUACUGAAGCAUCUCAGGCUCAAGAACAGGCUGAAGUUGAAGCCAAUGAAGCUGUCACUGAAGCAUCUCAGGCUCAAGAACAGGCUGAAGUUGAAGCCAAUGAAGCUGUUACUGAAACAUCUCAGGCUCAAGAACAGGCUGAAGUUGAAGCCAAUGAAGCUGUAACUGAAGCAUCUCAGGCUGAAGUUGAAGCCAACGAAGCUGUUACUGAAGCAUCUCAGGCUCAAGAAGAGGCUGAAGUUGCGGCCAGUGAAGUUUCUCAAGAUGAAAUUAUAUCAGGCUUAUCCCGCAGUGAUCUGGUGACCGAACAAGAGGUAAGUGAAGGAACAUCGGGUGUGAAAGUUGAGGCCAAUGAAGCUGUAACUGAAGCAUCUCAGGCUCAAGAACAGGCUAAGUUUGAAGCCAAUGCAGCCAUAAUUGAAGCAUCUCAGGCUCAAGAACAGACUGAAGUUGAAGCCAAUGAAGCUAUAACUGAAGCAUCUCAGGCUCAAGAACAGGCUGAAGUUGAAGCCAAUGAAGCUGUCACUGAAGCAUCUCAGGCUCAAGAACAGGCUGAAGUUGAAGCCAAUGAAGCUGUCACUGAAGCAUCUCAGGCUCAAGAACAGGCUGAAGUUGAAGCCAAUGAAGCUGUAACUGAAGCAUCUCUGGCUCAAGAACAGGCUGAAGUUGAAGCCAAUGAAGCCAUAACUGAAGCAUCUCAGGCUCAAGAACAGGCUGAAGUUGAAGCCAAUGAAGCUAUAACUGAAGCAUCUCAGGCUCAAGAACAGGCUGAAGUUGAAGCCAAUGAAGCCAUAACGGAAGCAUCUCAGGCUCAAGAACAGGCUGAAGUUGAAGCCAAUGAAGCUAUAACUGAAGCAUCUCAGGCUCAAGAACAGGCUGAAGUUGAAGCCAAUGAAGCCAUAACUGAAGCAUCUCAGGCUCAAGAACAGGCUGAAGUUGAAGCCAAUGAAGCCAUAACUGAAGCAUCUCAGGCUCAAGAACAGGCUGAAGUUGAAGCCAAUGAAGCUGUUACUGAAGCAUCUCAGGCUAAAGUUGAAGCCAAUGAAGCUGUAACUGAACUUAUCCCUGAAGCUUCUGUUGCUGAACAAGAAACUUCCCUUGACAUCAAUGAUUUGUCCAAGCAACAAACUCAAGAAAAUGGAACAGAAGAGGAAAUUAUUUCUGAACCAAUUGUUGAGGCCAGUAACACCGACGACGAUGAAUAUUGGAAGAAGAUGACCAGGAACUCUUCAUUGCCACAGACUGAGGAAACUUCACCUGCCUCAGAAUCAACAGAAGCUACUGCCACAGAAGCCAUUGACAAACAAAUUGAAAAGGUUGCCGAAAAGUAUGGACUGAAACCAACAAAGACCACAACACACGCUCAGAGCAAGUCACGAGCACAGAUUAACGAACUGAGGGAGAAGAGAAGUUUCGUUGAUAGUGUCGCCCACUACGUUGCAAGCUUCUUUUAAUUUAUCAGCUCUGCCAAUAUAUACUGCUAUGUAUGAUAGGCAGUAAGCCUUUUAGUUUUAAUGUUAUUUAUAUAAUGUAACAAUACUGGGCAGGUGUGUUUAUCGGAACACUUUUAGAAAUAAUAUUAUAUGUUAGAAUAUGACAAAAAAUCGAGAGGAAAAAAUAUGGUGUAUGGAUCAAGGAAAUUCAAAUCUUACAAAGAAUAACAUAGAUUCCUGGCUAAUGUAAAGGAUUUAUAUGUGAUUCACAUAUAAGAUUUAGGGCAUUUGAGUGUUUAAAAUGUUUCUGAAACAAUAAAUUCAUCUCUGUAAGUAUACUACACAAACUAAAUUGCUUAAUAAGCUUUUACACCAUGGUUAUGCCUUAAGUAGGUAAUUCAGUAUGUCAGAAGAUUAUGCACUACCAGGUUAUUCGUAUGGUGAUGUGCUCUUUGCUUAGGGUUCCAUGACUUUUCACUUUUCCAAAAAGAUUGAAGUAUUUCAGAUCAAGCUUUUCUCCUUGUUCUAUAUAGGUUGUUAAGUCCUGUUGUAUCUCUUUAUAUUUAUUAUUCAACUAGUAUGUAUGCCUUUUGCAUUACAUUUACCUAUACAAUUUACUGAAAAGGAGAGGAACAACAAAAAUGUUGGGAAAUAUAGUUCACACAGAUUACAAAUAACAGGUUUGAGCACUUUUUGGUUUACGAAAAAUACCCUGCACUGGCUACGGAAAUUUACAGUAUUAACGUUAAAUCUGUAUACUCACUGAAACUAGAGCAAGUCAAGAUAACUGUUAAAAAAAACAAAUAUGUAAGUUUCUGUAUUAUACCCAUCACAGGGUGCAUAUGUAGGAAUGAGAGAAUGUAUGCGUGCCAAGCAUUGGAAAUAAAUUAUUUAUUAAA